GCUUGUCAGAUAUCCCGCUUGUAUGUGUGGAUCGCGCAGUGAGGCGGCUGGGCAGCCAUGCUGUACAGCGGUCCAUCACAUGGAAAAUGUGAUAUUAGGUCAGGAUUGAGCGCGGACACUGGCGCCAUCAUGAUGAUGUCCGGGUCUCGGUGCGUUUCACUUCCUGCGUUCCCACCAGCAACAGCCCUUUUGGUAGCGAUGUCUCUUCAUAAAGUUACAAUGCGGCGAUACGGCCCACGUAGCAGCAGUGUAAUUCUCUCCACAUCAUGCACGCGCCGUUCAAUCUGUCAUAACGUCGGAGUCCAGCUCGUCCUCUAUCCGUAUUCUCAGGAUAUACCGUUUUCGUAGUCAUUGGGAUCGUCCUUCCGUGUUCUUGCUCCCGACCAUCAUGGCCGUCCUGACGAUGGACUCACCCGACCCGUUGACGCUCGCGAUGGCACCCCCCAAGGACGAGUCACCCGCCGAUCGUUGGGCCCGGGAACAGAGAGAGGCACAAGCUCGUCUGAUCAGCGAGCAGAUCGACGCGCACAUCAAGGCAGAAAAGCAGGCCAUGAAAAAGCGUGGCAAGCCCGUCAAGGUGCUUCUGCUCGGGCAGAGCGAGAGUGGCAAGUCGACUACUGUGAAAAAUUUCCAAAUGGCAUAUGCAUAUUCGUCUUUCUUGCAAGAGCGUUCCGCAUGGCGUGCAGUCAUCCACCUUAAUCUCGUCCGCUCCAUCAACACAAUUCUAGACACACUCGGCAAGGAACUGUCAGAUUCACGAUCGCAACCGCAGUCCACACGCUCCAUGUCGCCGGCUCGAUCGCACACUCGACCUUCCACUGCACAGGUCCGCCCUACCGUUUCAGAUAAGGCGAGCACUCUACCUCGGCCCUCUACCGCUCGUACCAAGUACAGCCCUUCCAUCGACACGGAAAAUACACUGGUCAACCCUGUUGCAGGGGACCUUGAUCCUGACACUGAGGAUGAUGGAGACGGCGAAGAAGAGGCAUCGUCAUUUUCGACAUUGACGGAUAAGCACCGUGUUCUCCAAUUACGUCUGGCACCGUUGCGACAUGUGCAACGCGAUCUGGAGCAGAGCCUUGGUGCAGCUACAAGUGAGGCCCCGGGAUUUAGAGGGGAUGCUGCUCCAUGGACACGCCAAGAAGAUCUUGCUGAACGUCGUCCGCGUGAAUUCUUCAUCACAAGCCGGACAGGGUGGAAGUCUGCACUCAAUCGUGUCAAGUCUAGCUACAAUGCAGUGAGACGGGCCUCGCUAGGUUCGAGAGAGGAUGCGGGCGAUGCAGAUGAGAACGCCAUGUCGAAUAAGAGAAAGCCAUACGACAGGCGACGUGGACGACCGAUUUCACCAUUUGCAUUCAUGAAUCGCGAUGACAGCGAUGACGACGCUGAUUGGUCCUCUCACACCGGCGAGUGCGAGCCACAAGCACAGACAGCCGCUGAGAUCAUCUCAUCAUCCGCGGAAGACAUGGUGGCGUUGUGGGCGGAUCCCGACGUGCAAGCUAUCUUGGCGCGCCGGAAAGUCAAGUCCCGUCUGGAGGAGGGUCCGGGGUUCUUCCUCAACGACGUUGCUCGUGUUGCAGCACGUGAUUAUGAACCUUCUGACGAAGACGUCGUGCGAGCUCGUCUGCGGACCAUGGGAGUGCAGGAGUACCGAUUCAAGUUUGAUAAAGGAGGCGUUGACGCGGGACGCGAGUGGAUUCUCUACGAUGUAGGCGGAGCUCGGUCCUCCCGGCAUGCCUGGUACCCGUACUUCGACGAUAUCCAUGCGCUCAUCUUUCUUGCGCCCAUCAGCUGCUUUGAUGAGCGACUCGCGGAGGAUCACCGCGUGAAUCGUCUCCAGGACAGCCUCAUGAUUUGGAAGGCGGUAUGCGGGUCCAAGCUGCUUCGUCAUGUGCAGCUAAUUCUGUUCUUGAACAAGUGCGACCUCCUGCAGAAGAAGCUGUCGCGCGGCGUCCGGGUCGUCAAGUACGUUCCCAGCUAUGGUGAUCGGCCGAACGACGCCCAGUCCGUCGCAAAGUAUUUCCGCCAGCAAUUCAAGGACGUGUUCAUGAAGCAGUCGCCUGAGAAACGAACUUUCUACUCAUAUCUUACAUCUGUCAUUGACACGAAGGCGACAGCUAUCACCGUUGCUACAGUGCGGGAUGGCAUUCAGCGCAAUUACAUGAAAGACGCCGACAUCCUGUAAUGACUAAUAUUGGCGUAUCAUGCUCUACACAUGUCCAUCUGUUAAUUUGUGCGUGUCCCUGUCGACCAGAUAAAACAGGUCCGAGGACGGAGGACUCACAUUCUUGCUCCUCAGAUGGGAACCUAUUUGUUUAUAUACAUCACAUAGGUAUUGUACCACUAGGACUACAGACCUGCACCAGUGCUCCAUUCCUACAUAUAUUACCUAAGUUUGACUGUAUCUUAUUUAUUAAUGUAGCACCUGG